GAACUUCGAAAUACAUGUAGGAAUGCAAUGAUGGCUGUCCCCAACUGUGAAGUAAGCAAACCUCGUCGGAUUAAAGCUUUAUUAUCUUCAUUUCUGAAGGGGGUUUCUCGUGAAGAAAAAAAACAAAGUGAGAACAAGGAAGUGAUUAGUGAACCCACUGAAGGCGAUGAUGCAGAUGGAUUUGCAGAUGGAUUUGUGGUGGUUGAUGAAAUCUCCACUGAACAAAGUAGCACUGUGCAGCCAUUGAAUCAAGAACUUUUCUUCAACAGAGUGGAGACAUUUUCUAUCUCAUCAUGGUUUGCUAAACCAGACGAAGUAUCUCCUCUUCGCUGUGCUCAGUAUGGCUGGGAGAACAUUGAUGUGGACUCUCUCAAGUGUGUCAGCUGCAAGGAAAUACUCUAUGGUGGUCUGCCCCCAAAGUGGGAAACAGACUCAUAUGAGAAAGCCUGCAAGAAAUUAGAAGAGUCACUGAAGGCUGGUCACAGUAAGAUCUGUCCUUGGCAAAGCAACCCCUCACCAGCAUCAUUUCUUGAAGUGAAUCUAGUGAACACCCAGAAAGCAGUGGAUGACUUUCUUCACAGAGUGGCAUCUAUCAGAUGUUUUGGAACCUCUAUUCCAGCUGUUGACUUGUCAUGUCUUCAACAGGUUCAGGAGAAUGAAGAUGUGUUAUCUAGGCUUGUGACAGGAGUUUUAGGAGAAGAGCCAACCUCCGACUACAAAGAAAGGAUAGAGUUGGUCUGUUUCAUGGCUCUGAGUGGCUGGUCCAGGAGUUCUCCUGAAGUCUCCCAAAGCCCAACAAUGUCAUGUGAGUUCUGUAGGCGGAAUGUUGGUCUCUGGAACUUUACACCUUUUGAACAGAAUGCAAAGACAACGAAUGAAGACGAAUCGGAACCCACAGCAAAAAGACUAAAGGUUGACAAGGGACUUUUCAAUCCUAUAGAAGAGCACAGGAGUUGGUGUCCAUGGACCAAGCCAGCAUCUGUCACAUACACAGUCCGGUCAUUACCGCAAGAUAAGAACCAAGACAAUAACACACCCGUCAGACCAGCAUGGCAUGGGCUUCAGGUCUUGUUACAUGAAAGAUCAAGUCCUAACAAACAAGGGCCUCUAACCAACAAACAAGUGACACCACCCAGCCAAGCAUGGAAAGCAGUGAGGAGAAUAACAAAUUUCUGGCAGAGUCGAAGUGCUGCUCAGAAGACUUGAUUGCACUGAUGUAGAUGUUUACUGACUUUUUAUUUCAGUCAUUUUAACCUCUUGAAGUGGAUGGAUUGUACAUGGGCAUAGUUCAUAAAAGUACUUUUGAGAAUCAUGCAUGCUGGUUGGAAACAAGAUUUAUGAAGUCACAUUGGUUUUCUUAAAAGGGAUGCAAGGAGUGUUUUUUUUUUAAUCACUUAUUUUCAAAAGACUGUUUUUAUAUCAACUGAAUUCUUACAUGUUGCCUUCAGUAAGCUGAGAUUAGAGUGUACAAACUUUCAAGUCCUUGGAGGUUUUGUCAUUUCGAAAAUGCAGUAAGUCAAGUAGAUUGAUUAUUAAACUGGUAUGCUGAUAAGAGAUAUUAAUGUAAUUUGCUGCUGUGAAACUGACUAUUUCAUCCAGUUUUAGAUGAAGAGAAGUGCCUUGCAAACGUUCCUUUCCUUUCCAUAUUAUGUUCAUGCCUUCUAUAUGUUUUGAGACGUAAAAUUUUGUUCUAUUCUGAUUCAUCUGUAUGGGCUGAAGAAAUUAUAAUAGUAAUAGUUGGUUCUUGCAUAGUGCUUAUGUCUGUUAGACUUGACAUUCCUGGAGCUCCACAAUUGCUGGUAAUUGAUCAUUAAGUGGACCAGUCCCCCCUCGGAGAGGACCUAAAGCCGUCGUCGGUCCUCUGGUUGCGUAUUAACGAGCACUUAUGCUUUCUUACCAGUCGGGUAAAAUAACCACCACUAUGUGGAAUGAUUAGAAAAUGGAUUUGAAAAAUACAGUGUGAUUAUACACCUGUUCCUAAAUAAUUCCAUUUUCAUGAUGGCUCUAAGACACAUGUAUGCAAGAUAUUGACAUGUUUUUGUUGUUGGUAUUCCAGUUCAUAGCAGGUCAUGAUCAAGGAUUGAUCUGCAAUACCAAAAUAUUUAUUUGUUUUCCGAAAAUUGCAGCUGUAAGUGCAUACUCGUUUGAUAUGUGUUUUACAAGGCGAAUUUGAUUUGAGAUCAUGGUACCGGUAAUUAAAGUCGAUUCAUUUUAAUAUCGUAGUGAAACCCAACCUCCUGAAUCACACGGUGAUAUUCCAAAUUACCAUGAAUAUUAAAGUUUUCUAAGUAUUUCACAACAACAAUGUUUACAUACGAUAUUGUAUAUGUGUGGAAAUGUGUGUUUCAAAUACAAUUGUAGGAACGGUUGAAUUACUGAUGUAAGUUGUUUGUCAUUUAAACAGAGCUGAAAGAUAUAAUGAUUUGAAUGGGAGCUUUGACUGAAUGAAAAAAAUUAAGCAAAUAGGUACCAAACCUGCAAUAUGUAAAGCCCUCUGCAGUUCACUACCAACAAGGCUAUAACAUGUUGCAUGAAAGAAGCUAAUACGAAAAAGGGUAUUCAAUAGGGAUUAUUCCAUCAGCUGAAAUGCUAUGAGGUUAUUUAUGAUUUAUUGUUCUGUUGUGCAAAAGUGACAACAUUUUAUGCACUAUGGGUAACAUGUAUUCACACUUUCUUCAUUGCAGCCAUUGUUUGCAUCAAUAGUAUGCAAUUUGCAUAGCCAUAGUUAGUGAUACUAAAAAUUUGUUGUCUUGAAUUGUUGAAAAGAGGAUAUGAAAUAAAACUUCAAUCUGACACGAGUGGUGACUUUUUUAGUUAUUAGAAUCGAAAAGGCUUAAUGAUCUUUUUAAUCCCUCUGUAUAAACUGCAGUGCUGUAGUUUUUCACCCGACUCUCUGAUCAGCUGUUCAUUUUAUAUAUAAUAAUACAGUAGUGUUGCCAUAGUAACUUGAAAACCAUUGAGUGGCAGUUUUAAAGGUCAAAAUGGAAAAAAUCACAGCUUCGUAAAAGAGUUCAAGAUCAAGAGAAAAUUCAUUGUUUACUACAUUAAUUUGGGGAACCUGGAGGCAAUAUUACUAAAGUUGGCUCAAGUAUGUGUGAGUAUGUCGAGAGUAACUGGAAGAACAUGUAGUUCUGGUUAAUGAGGUCAGAUGUGGAAGGUCACAGGGUCAUUGAUCAAUUGAAAAUAGGUGGAGGCAUAUUGGAGAUGCUGUUGUAAUCAUUCCAUUUGCACCUUAUAUGAUAACAUGCAACCGAACAUGAAGUAUUCUUCACAUUCCUUUGUAUAGAUUUUGUUCCUAUGUAAAGGUGAGAAACUAAAUGAACUGAAUACACUAUCCAAUAUGGAAGAGGGUUUGUUUCAGACAGUAAAAAAUGGUGUUCAGCCCCAAACUUGUAUGUGCAUGAAACUUUAGGCAAUUCAGAGUUGCAAAAGUUUCUUGCAUGACUAUUGAGUUGCAAUUGAUACAACAUUGAUUUUGAACAAUUCAUAAAGUUUCAUCUUGUAAAAGUCUCUGUUUUUUAAAAAAUUGUUAUUUUACCUCGGCAAAUUCCUUUCAAAUGUUCAAGAUAGCCAAAUUAAAAGAAAUUAAGAUUUGAAAUACAAUUAAAAUUCUACUAUCCUUUUUUUCAGUUUCAAGUUUUCUCUAAACUUGGAGUACUUUGUAAUAUCAUAUAUCUAUAUUUUAGCAUUCACUGGCUGUAUUAGCCUUUAAACAAGUCUGUGACUGAUGUGAAGAGACUUACUCCAGCCACUUGACGUUCUGCACUUAUGAGAUCAUGAAUAUUCAUUCUGUUGACAGAUGACAUGAAUAAUUCAUAUAAAAGGGUUCUUAUAGCAAAUUUCGACGGAAUGUUGCCCAUUGUUUACUUUAGCUUCAUCCGAAUGAUGCACACGCUCAGAGUCGGGUUUUUCUGAUUGGCUACAUUGUAUGCAUGCAUCAGGAUGUCAAAGGUAAAAUAAUUCAAUAAAUAACACAAGAUAUUCUGAUUCAUUUCUUUUUAAGUGUGGAAAGGGCUUUGACUGAUGCAUCUAGUCUCUUGCCGUCAAUUUAUUAUUUGAUUUUUUAACACAGAUGUGAGGCCUCAUUGAAGGGCCAUGAUGUACAUGCGUCCCACAAUCUUAUACAAUGUAAUAUGAGAUAACAUUUCAGAGUAUGUAGUAAAUGGACUCUGAAAAUAAGAGAUUCAUUACACUUUCACAACAUUUAUCAACAGUCCAAACUUCGAUAAAUAAUGUAUUUCCUUAACUUCUUUGUAUAUAAAUGUGUACCAAAACUGUACCAAAAUAAAACUAAAAGGAUACUCAUACUUCAA